UCCGUGAGCCUAGCUGCGCCAAUCGUACUAUCCACUCCAUGGUAUAUAGCGGUCCUGCAAGCGCUUACAAAAUGGGUCGAUCUACUGCUCGCACUCCAAGACCCAAUUCAGUAGUGUGCGGAUUCAGUAUACCAGGGCCAACUAUCCAUCUUUUUCUUCAGCACUUUAGGAUAUCAUUUCUCUGCUGUCACCUCCUCUUUUUUUUGGAUGACAGCAAGGUGUAAAGAAAGGUAUAGCAAAUAUAACGGCCCACAAGCGUUCGUUGAUCUAGGAUGUGGCGUGAUUGAAGACCUAGAGUAGAGAGUGCAUGUGGCAUUUAUUUUUCACCGCAC